CAGGGGAGGCGUGAACGAAAAACCUUCCCAUCUUAGCCUUCUAUUUCAAUCGUUAUUCUCGAGCCUCCGACCUCAUAACUAAUGGGAGGAAUUGCACCCCACUCCCUCUUUAUGCCUCAUUCGAGGAGAAUUUUCACGAGACUCUAUCUCCGCAUGUUAAAUGAACAUGUCUAUUAACAUCAAAUACAUAACAUUUAAGAGAAAAACGACAUUAGAUGUUAAGUUUAACACGUGUAAAAUCAUUUCCCACGUUUAAAAUCCUUCCCUAGGAAAAUGGCACUGUUAAACGCCCUGCAACUCGCACACCAAAAUUCCUAACCCACCACAUUCACAGAGCUUUCAUGUCUUUCUCCGCCACUUUCUCGUCUCCUUUCAAUGUCUGUUCACAAUCCAGAACAGGUUUCUGCUAUUUCCUUGCUUCGCGGCCUUCCAUGGCGGCUACUUCGAUUCCCUCCGUCAAAACCUCGCUCGGCGCUACAAAGUCAGCUUUUAUGCGCAAUGAUUUGACUCUCCAGUCGUCAUCUUCUCGCGGUGUUUUCUCGAAAGCUCAAAUUUGUGGUGUAACUGCGAGAGCGGCGUCGGAGAAAAGUAUUUAUGAUUUCACUGUUAAGGAUAUUGAUGGCAAAGAUGUUUCUCUGAACAAUUUCAAAGGGAAGGUUCUUCUGAUAGUAAACGUUGCAUCUAGAUGUGGUUUCGCGACUGGAAAUUACUCAGAACUGUCACACUUGUAUGAGAAGUACAAAGCUCAAGGAUUUGAGAUUUUGGCUUUUCCUUGCAACCAAUUUGGAGGCCAAGAACCUGGGUCCAACCCAGAGAUCAAGCAGUUCGCCUGCUCAAGAUUCAAAGCAGAGUUCCCAAUAUUUGACAAGGUUGAUGUCAAUGGUCCAAAUACUGCCCCACUCUAUCAGUUUCUCAAAUCAAGUGCUGGAGGAUUCUUAGGCGGUUUUAUCAAGUGGAACUUCGAGAAAUUUUUGUUGGACAAAAAUGGUAAUGUUAUUGAGAGAUACCCACCAACGACAUCCCCUCUUCAAAUUGAGAAAGAUAUUCAAAGGCUUGUGGCCGCCUAAAAUCUAGAGCUGAAGAAGAAGUUUAAAUUGCUUUUACGGUCAUAGAGGCUCAUCCAAUGCGAGUUAACCUUUGAGUAUGUACAUUUCUGUUCCUAUAGUGAGGAACCCUAUUUAUUCUUAUAGUGAGGUAUUUUGAGAAUUAAAAAUAUUAGUGUGGGAAGUAUGCAUGAGAGCACAACUCAAGUAAAAUAAAUGUCUUGGGAGAAUAUUUUAGGCUUUUUUUUACGGCCUAAUCUCCCUGGCAUGUUUUCUUCUAACCCUUG